AUGAGUUCAGAGGUGCUGAUUCUGCAGGCUGGUGUCGUCAGCCGGAAGCAAACAGGGUAUGAUGCCGUCAGUGGCCUUGGAGAGUCCCGCGGGUCUGGGCGGCAGGGAAGGGCAGAGGACCGCGCCAGUGCACACCGCCACGACAACACACGACAAACCUCAGCAUGUGUCAUUAUCACACUAAGCCAGUCUCAGGAUGGGUCGCCCAAUGACACGAGUCCCUGGCUGGGCGUGGUAACCCUCCACCUCUCCCUCCCGCUUCCCGUCCCGCCCCCCUCCUCCACAUACUCCACGGCAGGAGGAGACAGAAAAGAUCAGGCAGAGCUUUCGGAGGCCAACCGAGAGAAGCCCCAAGUGGGAGUGGGGGACCCUCGAGGCUCCUUAAGGUUUCCUACCUUGCGAUGUUCCUCUCAUUUGGGGCUUCACUCAGUCUGCUCAAGUGUUGCUCUAUGUCUCUCCUCUCCCGGGCUCGUUGUGCCCCGAGGACCCUCCCUCCCUGUAGUGUCCUCACCUGGCUUCCUCUCGCCUAGGUCCUCCCUACAAGGGUCCCUCUCACUGGCAGCUUUCUGUCUAGCAGCUAGUAGAUGGUUCAGAGCAAGGUUGGAAUGGAAGACCAGUGUUGUUCUGCUGGUGACGACAGCGACAGGGUUUGUGUCGUCGUGCUUUUUGAAACCUAUCCACUGUUCAUUCCUUAGCAUCCAUUUCACCACCAGCCACGAGUCCUGCCACCAUGCUGACCGCUCCACCUCCACUUGCUCCACCUGUCCCACCAGCUCCACCUGCUCAGUGUAUGGGAACUGGGGUGAGGAUGCAGUGCAGUGUGGGAGGUGCAGCAGGGAAGAUUGGGUGGCUGCAUUGCUGCAUUGCUACACUGGUACACUUUGUAUGUACACUUGGAUACACACAGGCUGCACACACUCACUGGUGGCCACAGGAGUGGAGGCACCAGAUUGUGUUAAGGUAUGGAGAAAGACAGAUCAAAACAAGAGGAGGAAGAGGAAGAGGAUCGAGGAGGAUAAGGACUUGCUGGACAGUGACCUACCUCACUGUAACCCAAAAGGAGGUGGCCACUCAAUGCUGAGGUCACACAGGCAGGUUGCACAAAUUAACUGGCUGAAAGACAAGAAAAGCAAGGAAGACAAUCAUUGUAGAAAUGUCAGUCAGUCAGUCAGUCUAUUAGGCAGUCAGUCAGUCAGGCAACCAGCCAGCCAGCCAGCCAACCAGCCAACCAACCAACCAACCAACCAACCAACCAACCAACCAGCCAGCCAGCCAUUCAUUUAGGAAAGUCAAGUCAAGAGUCCCUGAAUACUGCUAAGGAGAUAUACUGAUGGCAAGAACACUACCAGGAAGGCAAACCAUAACACAAGAUGUGGAGUCAUGAGCAACAUCAUAAGUACAAGACAAGACAUGGAGCGAUGAAGAACAGUUAGGCUAGGUUAGGUUAGGCGUUGAACAACACCCAAAGUACAAAACAAACUCUCUUAAAAUGCCCUUAGAAUAUGCCAAACUGUCUUGAAAUACCCUCAAAACAUGCCAAACUGUCUUAAAAUGUCUUCAAAACAUGC